UGCGAUUGUGUGUAACACAUGCGGUUUGUUAUUGUGCACUGUUGUGUCUCAAAUCUGGCAUCACUGCUUCUAUCUACAGGAGCAGAAACACAUUCACGUCAAACACAUCUGCACACAUCUGUCACUAAAAAUUUCAGUCAUAAUCCAUCAAAAUGUUACGGAAAGAAUCCACGGUGUUCGAUAUGGCAUAUCGCGGCAAAACCGCAGCUGUAAAGAUUUUAUUGAAUGAAAACGAGAAGCUGAAAACACAAACGGACAGUAACGACCGAAUGUUGAUACAUUGGGCGGCACUGGGUGGUCACGAUGAUCUGGUGAGACAUUUGCUGUCUCUCGAUGUACCGGUGGAUCCUCCAGACGAUACGAACAUGACUCCGCUGAUCCUCGCGGCGUCCGCCGGUCGCGAAAAGGUCGUCAACACGCUGCUGGCCGAAGGUGCAAACGUGAACGCGACGACGAUCGAUGGCCACUCGGCGUUGCAGUACGCUGCGUCAAAAAAUUGGAAGUCCAUCUGCGUGGCGUUGCUCGAGAAGGACGCCGACGUGAACAUCACGGAUAAGCGAGGUGCCACGCCGCUGCAUAGAUGCGCCUCGAAGGGCAACACCGCCAUCGUGAAGCUUCUCAUGGAGUCCGGGAAGAAAUUGAAAAUAGAUCAGAGAGACAUAUACGGCAAUACGCCGUUGCAUCUCGCUUGCGAUGAGGACCGCGUGGAAGAGGCGAAGCUGCUGGCGGCGCACGGGGCGGACUUGACGAUCACCAACAGGGAGCGCAAGACCCCGUUGGAUCUCGCGAGUCCCGGACUGGCCCGACAGCUCGAGGAAAUCAAACGAGAGACUGCGUCGAAGUGAAACGAUCCCGCGCGCGUUUUUUCGUACGAGUUUACAUUUUAAGUUUCCUUAAUAAAUUUCAUCAUGAUCAAGUUUUCUUUUCUAGAAUUUAUUUUACCCUCUUUCUCUCUCUCUCUCUUUCUCUCUUUCACACACUCUUAUAUAUACGUAAAAUGCGGUCACCGUUUACGUUCGUUCUAUAUAAAAUGUAUCAAAAGUCUUCUAUUCGAUUAUUGUUUUUUUUUUUUUUUACGCCUACAUUUCUCAAAUUAUCGACGUGUUGUAUUGAUGAACUAAAUUCCGCCGAGACGAUUAUUGUUCCGCAGUAAUCUUAAGGCCCAGAAACGCCACGGGAUAUUGUCGAGGUGACUUUUGAUUUUGAUCGUGUAAGCUAGGUCUCGUACUCGCGACGCGAGACGUCGGUUUAGUCCGCGUGACGCGUCGAACAAAAAAAAAAAAAAAAA